AUGGUAAAGCAAGGCGCGGGGGCUGCCUCCUUCCUCCCGCCGCCGCCUCUCAGCCGGUCCCGCCGCGUGUCCGCAUUCUUCUGGGGCGCGCUGCGAGACCGGGAAUCCCCGCCACGCGCCCACGCGGCCGCGCCGCCCCAGCCGCGCGCACACGCUCUGCCCUCGCCCCCCUCCAAAUCAUAUUUACGGUUCCUUUUUUUUUUUCCUUUUCCCCCCUUUCCUGUGACAUUUUCUCCAAAUCGGAAAGUCGAGUGUAAGUCGAGCUUCGCCGCAGGCGGCCCUAGGUCUCCGCUUUCAGACUCGGGGUCCCGGAGUGGGGCGCGCUGCCCCGACGCUGCUAACCCGGGGGGACCGGGUGGGGACCCCCCUCCCCAACCCCAGCCCAGCGCCGCGGGCCCGGCCGCUCCUCCGAGGGAGGCCGAGGAGCGCGCGAGGCCCACGGCCGGGGAGCACCGGUGCACUCUGAGCGCGGCGGGUGGCCGGCCUCGCGGCAGGUUCAAGUGCAUGCCCGUGGUUGGAGCCCGCGGCUCUGCAAGCGAGUUCUCCCCCGCUCAGCCCCCUCUCCGGAGUUCAGUGUGCCCCGCCGCUCCCGGGACCCCUCUCUUGGGCCUCCCAGCCGCGCGGAGCCGCCGGCCUGGCCUGGGCGCGCUCCUCCCUGGCCCCGGCCCACGGCGCGAGGCUGCCCAAGAGCAACGUGGAGCCUCCGCCUGGAAAAGAAGUCCGACUUCCUCUCCACGCUGCUCCGGUGCAAUCUGGAAUCGGCAGGAAAUGGCUCGAACACCCAUCCCGCGCCUUUGCAGUCAGGCCUUGCUUUGCUGAAGGGAAGCGGCUCCCACCAAAGUCUUGCCACCCCCUCCCCCCCGAAAGACCCGCGCAGAAAAACAUCAGAGACUGUUUUCCAUUCUCUAGAACCACUAUAAUCAGGUAUAAGAAGAUUAUUACAUAACAACAUUUCUGUCAAGAUGGUGGAUACUUUUGAAUGUAUUCGAAGGAAAAGGAAUAUUCUUGGCCCUUGAUACGUUGGAGGUACUUGAAAAGGCAAGAAGUUUGUAAAAAUAUUUUACUACUGUAAUCUACAAGACCAUUAAAA